CGUUACGCCUGGAGAGAGCAGUGCUUGAGCGCUUUCGGCCCCAUCCUCUGAAUGGACUUACGAUGAACGACCCAGGUCUGUGUGUCUUACGGAGGAGUCUUCCACGCAGCAGGCGAAAGGGGGCUGCGAAUGGCUCCAAAAGAAGCCUGGAGCUCUUUCUUCUGGCUCUGUCUUUGCUUUCUUCUCUCACUGGUACUGCAAGUACCAGAGUACAGAAUCCUCACAAGGAGAAGUUGAACGAGAUCCUGGGAGCCUCUGUGUUGCUCCCUGUAAAUAUCCCCGCUACGGAAACACUGAAGACGGUCGAGUGGUAUUUCCAAGGGGAAAAUGGUUUGAGAUUACAGCUGGCUGAAUUCAGGGAAGAAAGACUGCAGAGGCCCAAUCCAAGGGACAGGUUUGGGCCAAGAUUGGAGAUGGCCAAUGAGACCACCCUGAGGAUCAAAGACUUGGAAAUGGAUGACAGUGGCAAAUAUUCCAUUAUAGUGAAGUUUACUUCGGCACAGUAUGAAGAUUACACCUUCCAUCUCUCUGUGUAUGAACCAGUCCCAGAACCAAAAAUCCUCUCCCGACUUGUCUCCAACAGCCCAGAUGGCUGCAAUGUGACCCUGCAGUGCCAGGUGCCUGAAAAGGGGAAAUUCAACAUCUCCUGGAAAAGAGGGGAUGCCUUCAGGGACUUGGAAGAUGCUUCAAAGUCAUACCACCUCUCUGGCAAUGGCAGAAAUCUCCACUUGUUCUGGAAGCUCAACUCCUCAGAUCCCAACAUCACCUGCCUGGUCACCAAUCCAGCUGAUCAGAAAAGCAUCUCCUCCAGCUUGCUGGACAUCUGCCAAACGGAAAGUGACAAACAACUCGGGCUGCACUGGAGCUGGAGUUGGAGUAUGCUCAUCAUUUUCUUUAUAAUUUUGCUCCUCUUGUCUGGACUUGGGUUAAAGACCUGGAAGAAAAGAAGGAAGAUGCCACUCAACAGAGCUACCUCCAUGAUGCCAACGGAGGAGUCACUUCCUGAGCCUCAGUACUCAGAGGUUGCAAAGAGGAGCCCCCCAGAAGGCGAUGAUGACCAGGAACAUGGUCAUCUCCACGAUCCCACGGUGUCAUUUCCAACAGUGUAUGUGAAGCUCCAACUACCCGCACGUCAUUCUGAACAGGUCACGUGAGCAAGUUCUGAUGAAACGGGGAAUUCCAAAUUUUCAAGGCAUCUUUCCAUUACCACGGAGGCCUGGGCUGUUGGGAAUCUCAGGAAUCGCUGCUGUAUACAAUCCACUUCUUGCCAAGUACAUUAAUGCAAUUGGUUAAAGAGCUUUCUCGCUUACUUUUUCCACUGCCUGUAAAAUCCACCCCUUUCUCCAUCCCCAAUCAAAGCAUCUUACUCUCUUUUAAAUUUGGUACAUUUGCGGUCUUGAAUCGAAUACGUAUUUGCAGGUAUUCCGAAUUACCUGCUUAUUUAUUUUUUAAAACAGCUCACCAAGAGGAAGUCUGCGCAAAGGCAAUUUCUGGUCCCCGCCGGAAAAAAAGAGGAACCAUUAAUGAAUUGUCAGAAAGUCAGACAUACAGACACCAUAUGGAGCUCAUAAACCACUUAGAGUUUUGACAUUAUGCACACUCAUUAUGUUAGUACUGGAGAUUUCUAGGGGAGAUGCAGGCAUAAAUUAUAUCUAUCUAAUUCCGAUUCCCUUUUGAGAACAGGACAACGCUUUUUUAAAAAAAAGUAACUUCCCUUUUCUAUUUCCCUUUUUUAUUUUAUUGCCAAUACAUCAUCAGACCUUCUAUCAUAGCAUAUGAUUUAUGAUUAGAAAUGUACUUUGCUAAGAACAAAAGAGAAUUGUCCCUACUUCCUCUGCCAGAGAGGGUCACUCUGGGGGGAACAGUUUUUGCAACAGAAGUUCAAUACACAGAGGCAUUUUACUGGGGACGAUGACAAGAAAAACCAUGCGGAUUUGCCCAUGGUGACAGCGCCUCAUGAAUAGUCCCACGCAAGGCAAAGCCACCGUUCUCGUGGCAGUUUUGCAGAUCAAGGCAUCGCAAGGCGUGUCUGAGGUCCGGAAGUGCUGACAGCUUGGGGGCCUCUGAAGUUCCAGGGAAACUCUUACUCAGAAAAAAGCCCUCAGUCACCUGGCAGUGAUAAGAUCAGCCCCAAACCCUCAAAGUCACCAAAUUUCUGAAGAACUUCUGAAGAGCUCUGA